UCCUUCUCUCUUUUCAGGUUUAUCUAGAGCUUCAGAGUGUGCAUGCGGGCGUAACCACUUUACUUGUGCGGUCAGUGCGUUUGGGGAAUGUACGUGUAUCCCGGCACAGUGGCAGUGUGAUGGAGAUAAUGACUGCGGGGACCACAGCGAUGAAGAUGGUUGCAUGCUGCCUACCUGCUCACCGCUGGACUUUCACUGCGAUAACGGGAAGUGCAUUCGACGCUCUUGGGUGUGUGAUGGGGACAACGACUGUGAGGACGAUUCUGAUGAGCAUGACUGUCCUCCUCGAGAGUGUGAGGAAGAUGAGUUCUCCUGUCAGAAUGGAUAUUGUAUUCGCAGCCUGUGGCACUGUGAUGGCGACAACGAUUGUGGGGACAACAGUGAUGAACAAUGUGAUAUGAGGAAAUGCUCAGAGAAGGAGUUUGGGUGCUCUGAUGGCAGCUGUAUUGCAGAACACUGGUUUUGUGAUGGAGACACAGACUGCAAGGACGGAUCGGAUGAAGAAAAUUGUCCUUCUGACGUUCCUGCUCCUAGCUGCAGUGCAGAGGAGUUCCAGUGCGCCUAUGGCCGCUGCAUCCUGGAUAUCUAUCACUGCGAUGGGGACGAUGACUGCGGAGACUGGUCUGAUGAAUCUGAUUGCUCAUCGCAUCAGCCAUGCCGUUCAGGAGAAUUUAUGUGCAAUAGCGGCCUGUGUAUAAAUUCUGGAUGGCGCUGUGACGGAGAUGCGGAUUGUGAUGACCAGUCGGAUGAAAGGAACUGCACAACUUCAGUGUGCACAGCAGACCAGUUCCGCUGCGGUACGGGCCGUUGUGUGCGCCUCUCCUGGAGGUGUGAUGGAGAGGACGAUUGCUCUGAUAACAGUGACGAGAAGGGAUGUGAGAAGACUGGGACCCCACAGUGUGCUCAGGACCAGUUCUUGUGCAGUAAUGGCCGCUGCAUUGGACAGAGGAAACUGUGCAAUGGAGUAAAUGAUUGUGGUGAUGGGCAGUGAUGAGAGCCCACACCAAAACUGCAGGCCGCGCACCGGAGAAGAGAACUGCAACCACAACAAUGGGGGCUGCGCCCAGAAAUGCCAGACAGUGCGGGGCCUGGUACAGUGCACGUGUCAGACAGGAUACAGGCUCAUGGAAGAUGGACGGUCAUGCCAAGAUGUCAAUGAGUGUGCAGAGGAGGGAUAUUGCAGUCAGGGAUGCAGCAACAUAGAAGGAGGCUUCCAGUGCUUUUGUGAGAGCGGGUACCAACUACGACCAGACAAGCGCAGCUGCAAGGCCUUGGGACCAGAACCGGUUCUGUUGUUUGCCAAUAGGAUUGAUAUUCGCCAGGUUCUGCCUCAUCGCUCAGAAUACACGCUGCUUCUCAAUAACUUGGAAAAUGCCAUCGCUUUGGAUUUUCACCAUCGCCAUGAGCUGGUGUUCUGGUCGGACGUUACUCUGGACCGUAUUAUGAGCGCCAACCUGAACGGCAGCAAUGUGGAAGAGGUGGUGUCUACGGGUCUGGAGAGUCCAGGUGGUCUGGCUAUUGAUUGGAUCCAUGAUAAGCUCUUCUGGACAGACUCUGGCACAUCUCGUAUUGAAGUAUCAAAUCUAGACGGGUCCCAUCGCAAAGUAAUUCUGUGGGAGAACCUGGAGAAGCCACGAGCUAUAGCACUAAACCCAAUGGAAGGCACCAUCUACUGGACAGAUUGGGGUAAUACACCACGUAUUGAAUAUUCUAGCAUGGACGGUUCCAACAGACGCGUCAUUGCAGAUACGCAUCUCUUUUGGCCCAAUGGACUGACUAUUGACUAUGCUGGAAGACGAAUGUACUGGGUGGAUGCCAAACACCAUGUUAUUGAGAGAGCCCAAUCUGGAUGGAUCUAAUCGCAAGGCUGUGAUCAGCCAAGGUCUCCCACACCCCUUUGCAAUCACUGUUUUUGAGGACAGCCUGUAUUGGACCGACUGGCAUACCCAAAAGCAUAAACAGUGCUAACAAAUUCACUGGAAAAAACCAAGAGGUGAUACGGAGCAAACUGCAUUUUCCUAUGGAUAUCCACACCCUGCAUCCACAGAGGCAGCCAGCAGGUAAAAACAGAUGUGGCACUGAUAAUGGGGGCUGUUCCCACCUUUGCCUUCCUAGUGGUAACACAUUUACUUGUGCUUGCCCAACUGGUUUCCGUAGUAAGACUGGGCCCAAGACCUGUGCCUUGAGUCUUGACAAGUUCCUGCUUUUUGCUCGAAGGACGGACAUCCGAAGGAUUAGCUUUGACACCAGUGACCUCUCCGAUUUUGUCAUCCCAUUGUCCAAUGUUCGUAGUGCUGUGGCACUGGAUUGGGAUUCUGCUGACGACUAUAUGUAUUGGAGCGACACCACCACAGACUCCAUCAACCGUGCAAAAUCAGAUGGCAGUGGGCAGGAGGUCAUCAUUGAUACCAGCUUGGAGAGUCCUGCAGGACUGGCUAUAGACUGGGUUACAAAGAAGAUAUACUGGACAGAUGCAGGGACCGACCGGAUUGAAGUUUCCAACACGGAUGGUUCCAUGCGCAGUGUGCUGAUUUGGGAGAACCUGGACCGGCCUAGGGACAUUGUCGUGGAUCCUGUAGGAGGAUUCAUGUACUGGACAGACUGGGGUGCAAAUCCAAAGAUAGAACGCGCUGGCAUGGAUGCUUCUGGACGGAUGGUCAUCAUCUCCUCCAAUCUCACUUGGCCCAAUGGCUUAGCUAUUGAUUAUGAAUUAGAGAGGCUGUACUGGGCUGAUGCUGGCAUGAAAACCAUAGAAACUGCCAAGCUUGAUGGUGCUGACCGAAUGGUGCUAAUCGGUACAGACCUACCCCACCCCUUUGGUCUGACCUUGUAUGAAGAUCGUAUUUAUUGGACAGACUGGCAGUCGAAAAGCAUUGAGAGUGCAGAUCGGAAAACCGGACUUGACCGCAAGCCUGUGCGAGAGAACCUGGAAAACCUGAUGGAUCUUCAUGUCUUUCACAGACGACGGCCGCAAGUUAAAUCUGCCUGUUCCGUCAAUAAUGGAGAGUGCAGCCACAUUUGCCUUCUUUCUCCCCACCCAAAAGGCCAUAGCUGUGCUUGCCCUACUGGGGUCAAUCUGCUUGGCGAUGGCAGGACCUGUUCUUCAGGAAUGGACCGCUUUCUUAUUUUUGCCCGAAGGACUGAUAUCCGCUCAGUGUCUUUGGAUAUCCCAUACUUUGCAGAUGUAGUUGUCCCCAUCAAUCUGACCAUGAAGAACACCAUAGCAGUCAGUGUGGAUUCCUUAAAGGGUUUGGUGUAUUGGGCUGACAGUACCCUUCGGAAAAUUAGCAGAGCAGGUCUGGAUGGCUCCAAUUACCAGGAUGUAAUAACCACAGGCUUGGUGACCACCGAUGGUUUGGCAGUGGAUGCAAUUGGUCGCAAAAAAUAUUGGACAGACACUGGGACCAAUCGAAUCGAAGUGGGGAAUUUGGAUGGCUCCAUGAGGAAGGUUCUGGUGUGGCAGAAUUUAGGAAGCCCACGAGCGAUUGCUCUUUAUCACGAGAUGGGAUGCAUGUACUGGUCGGACUGGGGAGAGAAUGCCAAGCUUGAAAGGGCGGGAAUGGAUGGCUCCGACCGUAAAGUUCUGAUAAACAUGAACCUUGGUUGGCCCAAUGGACUGGCGGUGGAUAAAGCAGGUUCUCAGCUCUUGUGGGCAGACGCGCAUACAGAGAGAAUAGAGGCCUCUGAUCUUAUGGGAAGAAACAGGCGGAUCUUGGUGUCACCUGUGCAGCAUCCGUAUGGUCUGACCCUUCUCGGCGCACACAUAUAUUGGACCGACUGGCAGACACGCAAAAUUCAGAGGGCGGACAAAGACACUGGAGCAAAUGUCAUAGUGGUCAGAGACAACCUGCCCGGCCUUAUGGACAUUCAGGCUGUGGAUAGGACUCAUGCCCUUGGAUUCAACAAGUGUGGUAACAAUAAUGGCGGCUGCUGCUCUCAUCUGUGCCUGCCGAACCCCGUCAGUUACUCCUGUGCCUGUCCCACCGGCAUCCUGCUGAAGGAGGAUGGCAGGACUUGUGACCCGUCUCCUGACACCUAUCUGCUGUUCUCCAGUCGUGACUCCAUUCGCAGGAUAUCCCUGGAUACAGAUGACUACACAGAUGUCUAUGUGCCCAUUAAGGAGCUCAACAAUGUAAUCUCUUUGGACUACGACAGUGUGGAAAGCCAAAUCUACUACACGGAUGUUUUCCUGGAUGUGAUCAGGAGGGUAAACCUCGAUGGUACGGGUAUUGAGACGAUCAUUGGUGAAGGACUGAAGACCACAGAUGGGCUGGCAGUAGACUGGGUAGCCAGGAAUCUGUACUGGACGGACACUGGGGCAAACACUAUCGAGGUGUCUCGGUUGGAUGGGAGAUACCGUAAGGUGCUCAUUAAUAACAGUCUGGAUGAGCCUCGCGCCAUUGCAGUGUUUCCAAGGAAAGGUUACCUGUUCUGGACAGACUGGGGCCACGUAGCCAAAAUUGAGAGGGCACACUUAGAUGGUUCUGAUCGAAAGGUCAUCAUUAAUACAGAUCUUGGGUGGCCCAAUGGCUUGACAUUAGACUAUGACACUCGCAGGAUCUACUGGGUAGACGCUCACUUGGACCGCAUAGAAAAUGCCGACCUGAAUGGUAGAACCCGUCAAAUACUCGUUAGUCAAGUCUCUCACCCCUUCGCUCUCACACAGGAAGGUCGCUGGAUAUAUUGGACAGAUUGGCAAACCAAGUCUAUUCAGAGAGUGGACAAAUACUCUGGGAGGAGCCAGGAAACCAUAUUGGGCAAUAUGGAAGGGCUGAUGGACAUCAUUGUUGUAUCUCCUAUGCGGCAGUCGGGUAGCAAUCCUUGUGCAGUUAAUAAUGGCGGCUGUUCCCACCUGUGCUUUGCCCGAAGUUAUGAUUUUGUGUGCGCCUGUCCGGAUGACCUGGAAACAGAACUCUGCUCUACAAUUCCUGGAUUUUUACCUUCAGCUCCUAUUCCAACAAACAAUAGCGAAAAGAUGUCUGGCCCCUUCAAUCCCGACACCCAGAAUGAGGGAGGGGAAGGCACUCCCGGAGUGACCGCGGGAAGCUGCUCAGAUGAAGAAGCAUCAAGGGGACUCUGUACCCCGAUUGGGGCCGUGCCAGCCAGUGCAGGGGACAGACUACGUGUGGCACACAUUAUUGCUGGAUCUCUGUCUCUUUUGUGCUUGCUGCUUCUCAUCUGUGCUCUGUUAAUCUACAGACAUCGUCGUGCUAAGCUGUCCGACCCAGCACUGGGGACCCUCACUUACAGCAACCCGUCUUACCGCACGUCGACCCAAGAGGUGAAAAUUGAAGCGGUGCACAGGCCUUCCGUUUGUCAUCUACAGCGACAUCGUAAAGAGGCUGUUUCUGACAACGGCUUCACCAAGGAGAAGAUCAGAAUCUUGGAGGGUUUCGGUUUACUGUCUGGGGAUGAAAGCGAAUGGGAUGACCUCAAGCAGGUGAAGCCAUCCCGAGCCAGCAUCCUUCGGGACCACGUGUGCAUUAAGACGGACACUGUGUCUUUACAAGCCAGCACCGCCUCGCUCGACCUGACUGAAACGCAACAGCUGCUACAGGAAGAGCAGUCAGAGACGGGCAGUGUCACACUGCCACCAAGCCCCGAACGUCGGGUCUCUUUACCGGAUACCGGCUGGAGAGGGAAGCACAUGCCUGCCACCGAGAGUGAAGUGUGA